AUAUGUAAGCAAGAUCGGGUAAAGAGCGAUUGCUCAUUGUGAUAAUUAUUUGUUUGGAAUUAAAAAUAAAACAUUUCUAAAGAUGCUUGAAGUAACUUGCAAUGAUCGUCUUGGAAAGAAAGUGAGAGUUAAAUGCAACCCAGAUGACACAGUUGGAGACCUUAAAAAGUUAAUAGCAGCACAAACUGGCACACGAUACGACAAAAUCGUCCUUAAGAAAUGGUACACAGUGUUUAAGGACCACAUCAAGCUAUCUGACUAUGAAAUCCACGACGGCAUGAACUUGGAACUGUACUACCAAUAGGAGCUGGUGAUGGAGUCUGAUACAAUAAAAUAAUAAUGUUAACUUUACUACCUUGUAUUUAUUAAUAAGUAAACUUUAAGACUAAA